CACAAGUGUGAUAUGGAGUAAUCAUUUAAUAGUUUGUGAAUAUAUAAGGAUUAAUAUUUAGAGUUGAUUUAUUGGGAUUUAUAAUACAUUGAACUUCUUAAAGCUGUGAGAGAAUUUUUUUUAAGGAAAUUUAUUUAAAAAAAGGACAUAUAAAUUAUAUGAAUUCAACUUAAGAAUGGUUUUAGUGGAUAGGGGUGGGUAAAGCCAACACUAUGGUUAAGUCAUUGAAAGAGGAUCUGUUUAGCUUUAAAAACAGUGAUUGUGUCAAAGGGAUUAGUGAUUGCCGUAAACAAAUGGAGGACCCUAAUAAUAAUAUAGAGACAUGUCCUCGUGUGGAGAGAUCUGACCCAGGGAUCGGGACAUCUGAUAGUAAAUAUCAACCCCUAGAUAAUGUUAACCUUGUGUUCACAAGUAAUGGAGAAAACUUUUCAAUCACUCUUCAUGAGGUUAUAGGAAGGGGAAUAAGUAGCGUAGUUCGUAGAUGUACGGAAAAGAAUACGGGUAAAGAAUAUGCCGUAAAGAUAAUAGACAUCAGUGGGGAGCGCUCGGACUCGUACCAGGCAGAACAGACCAAGGAGGACACUAUACGAGAAAUAAACAUUCUACGUAUGUGUACUGGCCAUGAACAAAUUAUUGAACUCCAUGAUGCUUUUGAAACUCCAACCUUUAUCUUCCUAGUCUUUGAAUUAUGUAAACAGGGUGAAUUAUUUGAUUAUCUAACACAAGUAGUAACAUUGUCAGAGAAAAGAACUAGAGUCAUUAUGAAACAGUUACUAACAGCUGUAGAGUAUUUACAUAGCAAAAAUAUAGUUCAUAGAGAUUUAAAGCCUGAAAAUAUACUCUUAGAUGAUAAUUUGAAUGUGAAGCUAUCUGACUUUGGUUUUGCUACAGUCCUUGGUCCAAAUGAAGAAUUAGCAGAACUCUGCGGAACACCGGGUUACCUUGCACCGGAAGUACUGGCUGUAUCUAUGUACGACAAUGUCCCAGGGUACAGACAUGAGGUAGAUAUGUGGGCGUGUGGUGUAAUUAUGUAUACAUUACUGUGUGGAGCGCCACCUUUCUGGCAUCGAAAACAAAUGCAAAUGUUACGAAUGAUAAUGCAAGGGAAUUAUAAAUUUGGGAGCCCCGAGUGGGACGACGUCAGUCAAUCACCAAAAGAUCUGAUUUCCAAGUUGUUAGUUGUUGACCCUAGAAAAAGACUCACAGCAAAGGAAGCACUGGCGCACACGUUCUUUCAUAUAGAUAUCACUCCAGAGAAGAAAUUCGAAGCCAAGAAACAUUUUAAGGCUGCUGUACUGUGUGUGAAUUUCUUCUACCGACUGAAGUUCUUUUUCAACAACCCACCCCCGGUUUCUAUAGAUGUUCUUCAGACUAAUCCAUAUAGUGUUAAAUUUUGUCGCAAACUUCUCGACGGUUGUGCUUUCAAAAUGUACGGACACUGGGUGAAGAAAGCAGACAAUCAAAACCGUGCGGCUUUGUUUGAGCACGUGCCACGUGAGGAAUGGCAAAGUGAAUUUCCUAGAUGAUAAAAAAUAUUGUUUUAGGAUAAUUUACCGAAUCUUUUAACAAAUCCCGUUCUGGUAGUAGUUCAGCUUCAGAAAAAACAAAAUGUGAUAUCGUAAAAGCUUGUAGUUUAUAAAAACGUUUUAGUGGAACUGAAUUACAGUUUGAAAGGAACAGAAUUGCACUCACAGGUCCCAGUUUGUUUGUUAAAGAACGAUUUAUGUUUGCCUGUUACUGAGCAAAAAAAAAGUAUUUUUACAAUCCUUGCAAUGAAUUAUUCAAUUUGCUGGAAAUGUUUUCUACUUGCAAAUGCACAACAGUAUUGGAUGCACAAUAUUAUUCAUUAAUAUCGCAGAAAAAGGAGAUUUUUUUUUAACUGUUCUUUUUUCAUUCUGAAAAUGUAAAUGCAAAAUUUGCGACAUUUUUGAAUGAGUAUAUCACUAGUCCACAAAACACUGUUAACGUCAGCAUUAUGAUAAUAUUACUGAAGAAAUAGUUGAGCCAAGUGCUAUGUGUUUGUUGGAAUGAUGUCAUGAACUUUUCUGCGAUGUCAUGUGUGAUGUCAUUUAUUUUCUGUUGUCUGCUUUGUUGAAGUUUUUUUAUGUUAAGAUGUUGUUUUUAUACCCCCAAAAACAAGGUUUGGGGGGGUAUAUAGGAGUCACCCGGUGGUCGGUCGGUCGGUCCAGACGUCCGUUGCAUUUUCCUUGUCCGGAGCAUAACUUGAAGACUAAUGAUUGGAAUUCAAUAUAACUACACGCAAUGGUCAAGCACAUUGAGAGGAAGUGCAGUGCACAAGAACCAUAACUCUAUCUUGGCUAAUUACAGAGUUAUUGCCCUUUGUUACUUUUCCUUGUCCGGGGCAUAACUUGAAAACUACAGGUUGAAAUUCAAAACAACUUCAUACAAUUGUCAAACACAAUAAGGGGAAGUGCAGUGCACAAGAACCAUAACUCUAUCUAAAGUAAUUACAGAGUUAUUGCCCUUUGUUACUUUUUCAUUCCUUUCUUUUGUCCAGACCAUAACUUGAAGACUAAUAGUUGGAAUUCAAUAUAACUUCAUACAAUGGUCAAGCACAUUGAGAGAAAGUGCAGUGCACAAGAACUCUAACCCUAUGUUGACUAAUUACAGAGUAAUUGCCCUUGGUUUCUUUUCCUUGUCCGGGGCAUAACUUGAAAGCUACUGGAUGGAAUUCAAAACAACUCAAUACAAUUGUCAAACACAAUAAGGGGAAGUGCAGUGCACAAGAACCAUAACUCUAUCUAAAGUAAUUACAGAGUUAUUGUCCUGUGUUACUUUUCCAUUGCUUUUUUUGUCUGGAGCAUAACUUGAAGAUUAAUAGUUGGAAUUCAAUAUAACUUCAUACAAUGGUCAAGCACAUUGAGAGGAAGUGCAGUGCACAAGAACCAUAACUCCAUCUUGACUAAUUACAGAGUUAUUGCCCUUUGCUACUUUUCCUUGUCCAGAGCAUAAUUUGAAAACUACUGUUUAAAAUUCAAUACAACUUCAUACAGUUGUCAAGGACAUUAAAAGGAUGUGCAGUGCACAAGAGCCAUAACUCCAUUUUGACAAAAUACAGAGUUACUGCCCUUUGAUACUUUUCCUUGUCUGAAGCAUAACUUAAAACAUACUGGUUGGAAUACAAAACAACUUCAUACAAUGGUCAAGCACAAUAAGAGGAAGUGCAGUCCAUCUUCAGUAUUUAUAGAGUUAUUGCCCUUUGUUUCUUUUCGUUGUCUUUCUGGACUUAUUACAGAGUAAUUCAAUAAAACUUCAUCAAUGGCCAACCACAUUGAAAGGAAAUGCAACAUACAAGAACCACAACUAUCUAAUUACCCACAACCAUAACUCUAUAUUUCAAUUCUUUUACAAGGUAUUCUGUUACUAGUAACAUCCUCAUUUCUGAAGCAGUCUUGUGGGGGUAUUAAUCACAUUUAGUGAUAGUUCUAGUUGAAUUUUAAGUUAAAAACAGUUAUUUUUCUUCCCUGAAUAAUGCAGAAACAAUUUUUUUAGCUGGUUCCUUGAUUUACAAUCCUGCUCUGGGACAAGAAUUUUAUCAUUUUGAUACUGAUAAAUUAAUUAUUAUACCUGCAUGCCUUAAGAUAAGCCAAACUAUUCCAUGAAAAUCAACUUUGAGAAAAAAAUACUAACAAUUAAAAAAGAUAAAAGAUUCAAAAUUCAAUUAAUAACUUGCAUGUUAUGUGCAAUAAAUGACUGAUUUUGUAGUAUUAUAGAAAAAUCACUGCCUUUGUUAAACAGGUAGUCCAUUUAAUGAUAAAAACUGUAUUGUUUGCAGGGAUUAAAAAGUUCUCAGAAUUC